UAUAAUUUCACACAUAAUCCCGGAGAGAUGUUACAGGUUGGGCUGGGCCUGCCUGGCUCCCCAAGGGGUGCUUCAGAAGAUUUCCUUUUGGAUCAGCUGGAAAAGAAGAGCAGGUCCUACUUGGCCCUGGUGAGCUCAGGGGGAGGUGAUAUGGAAGCCACACAAGGGCCAGCUGAUUCUCCUCAAGUCCCAGCGCUGAUCAUCUCUGAGGCUGAGACUUGGGACAUCGAUGCAUCCUCUUGCAUGGACUGUGGACAGUUUGUGGAUUGGGAUAAGAUGCCCGAGUUGGAUCAGCAGCCAAGUGCUCACAGUCAGAGUCUCACCCAAACCAGCAAAGAGCUUAAAAAGCUGGCAAGAGAAGGCCAUUGGGCUACCAACCAUGUGCUAAGAGCUCGGGCUUACCAGCAGAUCAUCCAGCACAUCCCAUGCCGGCUUGUGACCCCUGACGCGCUGGUUUACAGGGAUGUCACAAGCAGGCUAUUUGGAAAGCAGAGUGUGAGUUCCCACCCCUUGCCUGAAUUCCUUGGAGGGUGCAGGAUGCCAACUUACUGCUUGACUAUGGAAGGUGUAACCGCCGUGAAGAAAAUACUCAUCUGCCUUGGCAACCUCUUCCCCGACAUCACCUACAGCCCAAUCCUCCCUGCUGUGGUGGCUCUGCUGCUGCACUACAGUGAAGAUGAAGCUCAGUGCUUUGGGAAUGUCUCUCGCCUUCUCGCUUGUAAUGACUCCCAUACCAGCUACAUAGACCAGUCCUUCCUGGCCCACCAGGCCUCCUGUAUGACUUUUGGGGAUCUGGCCAACAAGCACUGCCCAGCAGCCCACAGAUUAAUAGCCAGCACCUCUGAGAAUGUCUUUGAGGUCUAUUCUGAAUGGUUGGAGUGGAUAUUUGGUGACCUUCCGUUUGAUUACGCUAUCCGCAUACUUGAUGUGUACCUGCUGGAGGGACAGAAAGUCCUCUACCGGAUCGCUCUGGCCUUGCUGAGGCAACACAGGCUCUCAGUGACCUCCGGAGAACUGGAAGUGACCAAUGUCAAGGGAGAACUGAAGGCUUUCGUGCAGAACAUUAGGGAGUACAUGACGGCUGACAAGCUCCUGGAGAGAGCCUUUGGUAUUCGGCUGUUCUCCCGCAAGGAAAUCUGGCUUCUUCAGAUGGCCAACAGGAAAGCACUGGCUGAGAAAGGCAUAACUGUGGUGCAGCGCAGGCAGCUGUUCCACCUGGCAGUAGACAUGCUGAAUUUCAGCUCCGCCAUCGUAACUGCUCAGGAGAUGCGCAUCGUGUGGUCUUGGAUUCCUGAGCGAUUCUCCUUAUUCCCACCUGUCCUGUUAUUCUCCACCUCAGAAAACGGAUACAGCCUGCAAAGGUUUUACUCAUGCUGUGAAGGUUACGAACCAACAGUACUGCUCAUAAAAACGACGCAGGGGGAAGUGUGCGGUGCAUUCCUCUCUUCUGACUGGAAUGAAAGGAAAAAGAGUGGGGGAAGGUCCAGCUUCUUUGGAACAGGAGAAUGCUUUGUUUUCAGUGUAAGUCUGAUUCUGUUUCCUGCUGUAUCUUGUUUAUGAUUUGUAUAUUUUAAAGGUUAGUUGAGGUUUUUGUUACCCCUUGUAGAAUUCAGAUAGCACAGCAGGGAGAUACUAGAGACAAUUCACCAGUGCUCCUCAGUCCUGAUAGAAGAGAAUGCAGGGGAACAUAGAAAUCCCUAUGUCAGGUCAGAUCCAUCUAGCUCAGUAUCUUCUCCAUUCCAUCCCUCUAGUCCAUGCUUCUCGGUGCAAUAAACCCUGCAGUGUAAGGUACAGUGUAGCCUGUUGGAGCUGCAGCAGGCUCUCGCCAAACCAGGAGACCCUCAGUAGUACUGUGUCAUGGUUACAGGGUUAGCAGCACCUCUGACCCCUCUUUGCAUUCCCACAGGUGUCAGCCCUCGUGCCUUUACCUCUCCUGGGGCAGAAUUCUCACAGUCUCAGACUAGCCCUGGACUAUCAGGCUUCCCCAGCAGUCUACCUGGGUUCAGUGCCUGCAGUUCUUCCCUUUGGGAGCUGUGCUUAGUGGAGUAUAUAGUUACCAGACAGCCUGCUUACACCAGAGCAGCCGUCUUAAGCACAGGUUGGUUUAAUCUUAACAGUAGGAAUAAAACAUAAAGAGCAAAAAGGAACUGUCAAAGAACAAAAGAUCUGCAGGCAUGUCUAUCUUCCCGGAGCUCAGUCCCCUGUGAUGGGAGCUGAGGACAGUCUAGCUUCUUCACAGUGGCAGUGCUAGGCCACUGCAAACCAUGCAACCACAGAGGACUCUGAAGCAGGGGGGACCCUGAAGCUCAGACCAGCCUGUGAGGGCUUUUCAUUUGGCCUGCCAGUGUCCACUACUUCCUCCUGCUCCCGCUGGGGGCUCUGCUGUAAGGACAGCCCCACUACCCAGCUGUAGCUCCACCCAAGGCUCAGGGUGGCUCCGGCACCUGCACUUCACCAUGGACCCACGCUGAUCUGUCUCUGAGCCCCCACCCUGGAGGACGCCCUGUAGCUGGGAGUGAAAGGGGCUACCUGACAGCCAGGGAGUGCAAGGGCCGGAGCUGCCAGGA